UCAUCGGUUGAUUAUGCAAAACUUCAUAAGAAAUUGAAAAUCAUAUAUUCCGAUCAACAAUAUAGAAAAAAAAUAAUAAUAAACCCUACUUCUUCUCAAAAUUAACAAUAAGUAAACAAAUAUAUGCAUUUUGUACGUUUCUUCAGUGAAUCGACGACGACGAUCUUCCCCAUGACCAAAUUGGCCUAUCUUCACGAGCUUACCUAGAUCAGUCAGUGAAUUCAGUGGUGGUCGAUUUCAACUACUACCGCACCUACGACGCCGUGACUUAUGAGGGAAGUACCCGAAUCUGGAUGAUAUUGGAUCUAGAUCCGAAGAAGGGACUUCUCACGACGAUCCAAAAGUGAGCUUAGUCCGAUUCUUUGGGUAGGAGGAGCAGGAAGAAGAAGAAAAAAAAAAAAAGAGAAGCUUUUCGGAUCUAGAUCAGCUUGGAUCUAAUAUGGAGGGCCUUGUAUAUAUGAAAUCUUAGAUAAAAUUUUAGGAAGCUCCUUCGAAUUUCACCCUAUCAGUAAAGAGAGAGCGCUUUGGGAGAAAAACGAGAAAGAGAGUGGUAAGUGGAGUUUGGGUUUGUGGGAUAAACAAAUGUACUCUCCUACUCAGCUUUUAAUUGUGAUGGUUUGAGAUAGUUGAGCUAAGAUUGUUUUGUCUCAACUCUCAACUUUUAGCUGAUGUGACAAUACACAAAUCACACAUACCAAACGUUAUAGUUUACAACGCGCAACAAAUUUGACAAAACAUGUAUAAUAUUAUAUACUUGCAUUCUCAACAAUACGUCUAUUUAACAAUCGCAACUCUCAAACAAGCGCAUAGUGUUAUGAUUUAAGGAGUGUUCGACAACAUAUGAGUUUGUUUGAUUCUUGCCGGAUAUAUUCCUAGGAGAAAAAACGUUGUCAUAGUAAAUGGUUUUGGUGGAUCUCGGAGAAGCCAACGAAAAAUAGCUAGGAACAAGAGGCCGCGAUGCCGUUGAAGAUUCAUUGAUAUAUUCAUCAGGCUCAUUAACAACUACUCGCACUAUUAUAUUGCUAGUAUAAAUAAAUAAAGAAAGAACGAAAGAAGAAGCACCUAAAUCAGCUAGCCAUGGCCAGUAGAAGUGUUGCUAAGUUCGCUUCACCAGUCCUUCUUCUCAUUCUCAUCAUCAUCAUCCUUCCAUGUACGUACAUUUUCACAAAGGCCGAUAAAGAUUUACUUUUUUGUUAUUGUUUAGGUACUAUUUAAGACAUUUCCAUCUGUAACCUCUCAAGGUUCAACAUUAACGGUAUUAUCACUAGACAAAGUCCUUGUUCGGAUGUUGAUGAUCAUAUCUAUUUGCAUGUAGCAACGAGAAUGGUUAGUCCCCAGGUGCCGGAGAAUGUCGUCGACGACGACAAUGCUCCGGCGACGACGAGGAACAUGACCUUCUUGCCAGUAAGAGGAGGUGUGGUGAUGACGAACAACAAGACGGCCCGGCGGGCAGAGGACUACUGCGACGAUAUUUGCAACGACGAGAGAUGUCUGGAGGCUUACCCAAGCUUGUGCGGUCCCCAUCCAGAUCCUAGGUAUUGUUGGGUGGGUUGCUUAUGUCAUGGUAGCAGUGGUGAGAAGUACAAUUUCUGCACUUGCUUGUGCACUGCAUAAUAACGUAGCUUCACACUCAAAAGGAGAAGGAAUGCGUGCACCGAUUUUUUUGCUUUCCUUUUCGUUGUUGCCUUUGCUCUUCUUUCUCUUUUCUCCUUUCCCCGGCCAGUUCGCGCCCUAAUAAUCGCCGGCCGGCCAACUUGUAAUUUGGUGGGUUGUUCAUCGAUAAUCAGGGGUAUGGUAAUUUUUUCCCCCUUCAUAAAACAAUUAAGCAAUGAAAAUAUUGACCCAUCUGGUCAUCUUCAUAAACCAUGAUUUGUCAGACACACUUCACAUUGUAAGGUUGUGUGUUCAAUUCCCAUAAGAGUCAAGACCAUGGUGAUUAGCUUUCCUGUCGUCAUCGGCAACCCUCUAUCGAAUCAAAACAGCAAAAUAUAACAUUAGAAACAGAUCUUUGUAAUACCCAUUUUUUACAAUAAUUUUCUGAAAAUAAUGGGGAAUCAACUAAACCUUCGCAAAGCAGUAAAAACAAUUUUUGGUUUCUUGCCAAAUGUUAUGACCAAUUUUUUUGUUAGAAAAUUAAUUAGGGUUAAUAAAUCACGACAAAGUUGAAGAGUGGGUGAUUAGCGGAUAUGGCUUUCCACUAAGAAUGGUUUGUAUUAUUUUAAAUUGUAUUUGUAUUAUGUUAAAUGACAUUGCAAACUAUGGUGGCUCUUCAAUUUCAUGAAGUAAAUUGCUUUCUCAAAUAUCUAGAUUGUUGGGAAUAUCAAGAGAUUAUUGAACAUUUGUUCUUUCAUUGCCCUCUUGUCAUCAUGCUAUGGACUUUUAGUGGGAUUAAGUGAUUUGCUUGCUUCCGCCCAAAUUUCGAACUUUAGUAUAUGGUGGCGACAAUGUUAUGUUUUCAGUAAACUUCCAAACCCACAUUCUCCCAUUCGUUUGCCUUUUUUGGAGAAUCUGGAAAUCUCUUAACAAAGUGGUUUUUGAAUAUACUCAGCCACACGCCCGUUCUCUUGCCCGUCAAUUCCAUUUCCAAGUCAUUGAAUUUUCCUUAGCCUUUCAGCCCCCAGGACCUCUCUCUCAGUCUUGUGCCCUCUCCUCCUUCCGUUCUGCAUCGCCCGCCUCCACACUUUGUGAAGAUCUUCUUUGAUGCUGUUGUUUGUCGUUCCGGUUGCUCGUCUGGCUUCGUCAUACAUGGGACAGACGGGCAAGUUCUACUGGCCUGGGAUCUCAGCACCAAGGAGUUUUCGAUCCCUAUCUAGCAAAGCACCUUGCUGCUAGGUGAUCCUGAAGUGGUGAUUCGGCAUCUGGUCCGUAGAACAGUGGAAGAUUCGAUAGGCGGCUCACUACUCCAAGAGUGUCAUCGGCUCCUAGUUUCAUGCUCUCUUUGUAUAGUUUUUAGUGUGGUUCUGCGGACUGCCAACUGAGCUGCCCAUAGAGUGGCACCUAAAGCUCUGUUGCUGUCCUCUUUAGAGGUAGCGUCCUUUGAUUUUGUAGGGUGGCUUCACUAAGUGUUGCUUUGGGUGGGGUUUUGGGUAGAGGUUUCUAACUAUUUUUUCUCUUGUCAUUACUUGGAAAAAAAAAAGCAGUAAAAACAAUUUUGGAGGGUGAUAAUAAUAAAAAAAAGGGUUAAAU